AUGCAGGACUAUGGUCCUCAGGUGUCCUGUUCACUGCACCUGCUGCUACUGCUGCUGCUGCUUUUGACAUCCCUUGCUGCAGUACAGAGUUUCCCAUACCCUCAGUCUGGCAGAAAUCCCUAUUCUAGGGAAUCUGCUAGUUUCCAGAGUAAUGAAGAAUGGAAGAAUGGAAGGGAUAUUGCGGAUUAUGAUGAUGAUGAUGUUCUGCAGUAUUGUGAUGGUGACUUUGAUAUUUACUACAUCUAUGACAAGUCCAGUGCCGUGACAAUGUGGUCUGACCUGUACACAGCCUGGGAAGACAUGGUGGAGAAAUAUGUGAAUCCAAACCAGCGGAUGUCCUUCAUUCUCUUUGAUGACAAUGCCAUAGUCCUAAUGCCACUCACUUCCAACAGUAUCGACGGUGGCAAAUCUGUGCAAGAGUUUGACGCUGGCUUGGCACUGUCAGCAUGUCUCACCUCACCCUUCUUCAACUUCAGAACAGAAUUCCGUGAAGAGCUCAGCAGAGCUCAGACUUUCAAUGAAUCUGGAUCAACAAUACUACACAAAGCACUGGCAGAGGCAAAUUACCAGAUCCAAGCAGCCAACUCAGGAGGCAAGACAAGAUCUAGUUUGAUCAUUGUUGUGGUUUGGGGGAUACUGUCACCAAAUGAAAUAAUAGAGUCUACGAAAGAGGCUGAUAAAGCUCGGAGCAUGGGGGCAUAUGUUUAUUGUGUUGGCAUGAACUUCUACGACAAAAGUAAGUUGAAUAAAAUUGCAGAUGAAGAAGAGAAUAUAUUCAUUGUGGAAGGCCCAUCUUCAGAUUUACAUGGGUUAGUAGAUUUGAUUGGUACGAUGACCUGCCUUGAACUCAGAUAUGUUGAGCCUUCCCCUCUUUGCAUAAACGAAACUCACCCAUUGGUCUUAAGGGGAUAUGGUUUUCACAACGCAAAGGAUCUCACUGAAGUUACUUGCAGAUUCAAGUUCAGUAAUACGAAUAUCAUCAAAAUAACUCCAACUGAUUUGAACUCCACUGUCAUUAUUUGUCCUAGACCAAAAAUACAGCAAUCUGGACAAACCAUCUUAGUUGAUGUUAGCCUGAACAACGAGAGAGACUUUCUUGCCCACACCAUCCCAGUGAAUACGUCUGACUGUCCUCAGGCUCCAAAUCGACCACAAGCUCCAAUAUCACCUGGGCCUUGCCAACCUUCCCCUGUUUCUCCACUGAAAAAUCUAAGAAAAGAAGCUUUGCUCAGCUCCAUGGCACUGACCCUGAUGAUGAUCCCUUUAUUGCUGUGGUGGGUCUGGUGGCUGUGCUGUAGAAAACCUCCCAAAGCAUUGCCAGCAUAUGCACCAGAGCCAAAGCCCAGAGAGGAAGAAACUCCUCCUGUGUCUCCCCCACCACCUGCACCACCGGUGGACACCUCCCCCAUUGUGGUCAUCUGCUCUUGCGGCUGCUGCCAUGAUGUUCGUGUGAGCGAAUGCCCAGAGGAGCAGUGCCCCAACCUCAACCUCCCAAGCUUCCUCUCUUCUGAAGUUUCCUCCUCGCCCCCAGGCCCUGAGUACCUGUUUGUGCACUCCUGUUCUCAGUGCUCUCAUCACCCAAACAGUUGUUCCAGGACACUACCCUAG